AAAAAAAAGACGGUGUUUAAAUUAAAAUAUCUUCUAUAAUCUGGAUUUUUCCCGGAAAGUAAAGCCUGUAAGCAAAAAAAGGAAAACAAAAAACUCCCUACUAUUCUCUCCUCCCCCUUUUGAUCUUCAGCAAACAUGGUCAAGUUCAUCAAGGCUGGUAAAGUUGUCGUUAUUUUGCAAGGUCGUUAUGCCGGCAAGAAGGCCGUUGUCGUCCGUAAUCACGAUGAGGGUACUAAAGAUAGACCCUACGGUUAUGCUGUUGUUGCCGGUAUUGAACGUACUCCUCUCAAGGUCACUAAGGCCAUGGGUAAGAAGAAAGUUGCUAAGCGUUCCAAGGUUAAGCCUUUCGUCAAGAUCAUUAACUACAACCACAUGAUGCCCACUCGUUAUGGUUUGGAAUUAGAACAAAUCAAGGGUACUAUCUCUGCCGAUACUUUCAAGGAACCUUCUCAACGUGAAGAUGCUAAGAAGGUUAUUAAGAAGCUCUUUGAAGAACGUUAUCAAACUGGCAAGAACAAGUGGUUCUUCAGCAAGCUUAGAUUCUAA